CAGCAAAGUUUGGCCUAUUUCUUUAUUUUUCUCUGGAUUAAAACAAGCAAUGAACCGAAAAGAAGAAUAUGAUUCUUACGAGAUUGAGGAACCAAGUGAUGAAGAGAGAGCAUGUAGCAGUUCUGAGGAUGAGCUCGACAUUCUUCUUAACGGAACCCCGGACCAGAAGAAGAAGCUCAUCCGAGAGUACCUGACCGGGGAAAGUGAGUCGUCCAGUGGGGAUGAGUUUGAGAAAGAGAUGGAGGCAGAACUAAGCAGCACCAUUAAAUCUAUGGAGUGCAACUGGACGGCUCCGUGCACUCAAGGUGAGACCUCUGGGGUUAGCGGCAAUACAGCGAACACAGACAGGACGCAGCAAUCUCAACAAUAUGACAACAUAUACUUUGACUCAGAUUCUGAUGAAGACAGCCAAGCUGGUAUCUCCCAGAUCCAGCGAAGAAAGCAGCGCAAUGUACUUACAAAUGACGAGUUAUUAUAUGACCCAGAUGAAGAUGAUCGGGAUCAGGCUUGGGUAGACGCUAAGAGAAAAGAAUACAGGUACAAGGGCCGGAGACGACCAGCGUCAUCUGCACAGAGAAGAAACCAAGCUCAGCCUCUUCCGAGCAGUGAUGCCAUCCUCAACUGUCCUGCAUGUAUGACUACACUAUGUCUGGACUGUCAGAGACAUGAGAAAUACAGGACGCAGUACAGAGCCAUGUUUGUGAUGAACUGUACAGUGAAUAAGGAUGAAGUGCUGAAGUAUAAAGCAGCAAAACAGAAGAAGCAGCGCAGGAAGAAGAGUCGUCAGGACCACAUGGCCACAUCAGCAGAGGCUAAGCCUGAGGCAGAAGCUGAAGCAGGACUGACUGACUCCAGAUUGGGUGGGAUGGAUGAAGAAGAGGUCUAUCACCCAGUCAAGUGUACUGAGUGUUCGACUGAAGUGGCUGUAUAUGAUAAGGACGAGGUCUAUCACUUCUUCAACAUUCUUGCAAGUCAUUGCUGAUGAGAUGCAAAGGACUCCAACACUGAGUGAAUCCAAGCACCUCUUGCUUGUUAAUGAAACACAGUUAAGAAGAAGGGCGUCCUGUCUUUGAAAUGUAUACUCAUGCAUAAUGAUGUAAAUAUCUGUAAAAAAUGUUUUCAUUUUGUUUACCAUGUUUUAAAAAUAUGUAAUGUUUUGUUUUAUUUUUAAACUGGAGUGAUGCAGGACAGACAUUUGAUAUUUCCUAAACUUAAGUGUAAAGUGGUAUUAUUAGCUCACAGAUGGUUCAAACAUGUUUAUUUCUUGCAUUAUUUGAAUAAAUCUUUUUGAGUC